AUGUGGUUCCUCGCCCUCAAGCUCCUCCGCGUUGGCGUCAAAGAAGCCAAAAAACACAAGGCCAAGAAGAACGCCUCCAACACCACCACCGACCCGGAAGGCAUCAACCUCGACCGCAGCACCGACAUGACCACCACCGCCGACUCCACCACCGCCCGGAACCCCCUCAAGACCCUCCUCGAGACCCUCCUCCGCUUCAUCCAAUUCGUCUUCGGCCUCACGGUCAUAGGCCUCUACGGGCGGGAUCUCCACGGCACUGAUAACGCCCCCGCCCCCGCGAAAUGGGUGUAUGCCGUCGUCACCGCGUUCCUGGCCACCGUGACCGCGGCCGUCUACCUCCUGUUGCCGUUCGUGAUGAAAGGGCGGACGCCGUUGGCGCGGCUGGGGAGACUGCAGCUCCCGCUGUUUAUCUGGGAGAGUGUGCUGUGUGUGCUUUGGUUGACGCUGUUUGGGAUCUUUGGGAAGAUGUAUAUUGGGGAUUAUAGUGAGGGGCCCAAGGUGACGCGGAUGAGGCAUGCGGUCUGGGUAGAUCUGGUGAAUUUGGGGUUGUGGGCGGUUACGAUGGGGUGGGUUGGGUUCAGGUGGUGGAAGGGGGUGAAGGGUGGACAGGAGGGAGGGGAGAGGGAGGUGGAGGAUGUUGAGAAGGCUGGUCCUUAG